GGCCAUCGCUGGGGCCAUGCGUCGCUCCCGCCCUGGACUUGUGGAUGCAACGAGCAUCGGCCCGGUGUCACGGAAGUAAGUUCUUUGAUGUCUGGUGAGCUCUCUGCCUAGUUCAGACCCCACAAAACACCAUUUGAUGAUGCUUCUCAAUUGCAACCCUGGGAUAUGGAAGCAGCAUUUUGAGAAACAGAUGAAUGGAAAUAAGAGCCCAUUUUGAGAAAACCAUGGCAAAACCAAUUAAAAAAUACAGUGUUUAUUCUCCUAUAUCUACAGUAUCUUCUCUUCUAGCAAGUUGCAGCUUGAACAGCAGUAAUUCCUCUAACUCCGGUGGCUCUAUAAAAUAUAAAGACAAGCUUUACAACUCUGCUUCUCAGGCAUUACAGGCCUACAUUGAUGAUUUUGAGCUAAAUUGUCUGUCUCAUGAUAAAAGUAUUAGAAAGUUUAGCCUUGGUCCGAAUUCCGACUUCUCCAGAUUUCUUUCUAAAUCCCCAAGUGGUUUUCAAGACUUCGACUACAAAAGAUCAAAGUCAUCUUGUAGAAACCAAAUGAUUGGUGACAUAGACUCUAUUAGCCUAACAACUGAUGAUCUAGUACAUUUUCCACCAGAUGGAUCACUGCCUACCUAUACUUAUACUGGAUCACUACAUCAAAAUAGCAAACAGGACAGAAAAUUUCUUAAAAAAACUUCAUCAGAAAAUGAAAGGAAUCCCAGUUUUCCAGAUCCUUACAAUUCUGUGGGAAAUAAGGACCUGUUUACUCCUGUUCUAUUCCCAGAUACCAAUGAAAAACAUUGUGGUGUGAUAAAAAAUACUUCAAAUAAACAUUGCAAAUAUGUUUCUGCAUCAUCAGAAUAUUCUUCAGGGAUGCCUUCUCCCAAAGAAAAUUCAAAGCAUCGUACUAGAAAAAAUUACCCAAGAUGGCUUACUAGCCAGAAGUCUGACCUUGACGUGUCAGGGAUAACUAGUAUUCCUGAUUACAGUUAUCCACUUUGGCUACACGAUCAAGAUCUGUUACCUGAUUCAUCCAGUCAAAGUAGUUCUCAGAUGCAAAAAAAAGAACAACACAAUUAUGUGGAGAAAAGGAAAACUCAGUUUGAUCCUAAAUUGGAUUGUUAUGAACAUUCACUUAAACACUGUAGCAUUUCAGACUCCAGGAGUGACAAAGUAUUAGUUAAUUGUAAACACAGUUGUGAACUUGGUCAGUUUCAGUGUGAGAGUAUGCCUUUCUCAGGGCAAUCCAAAAAGCCAUUCAGUGAUGACAAAAUUGAAUUGCUUAUCCUGAAGGCCAAAAGAACUCUAGAGCAUUCUUCUGAAGGAUUAUCAAGUACCAUGAAAAAUGAUGUCAGUCCCUGUUCACUAGAUAAACUAGAAGCAGAAAGAUCAUGGGAAAAUAUUCCGGUUACUUUCAAAUCACCUGUGCCUGUGGAUUGUGGUGAAAGACCUCAACAAAUCGUAAAAGUGAAACGUGUUCAUGAGUUCCUUGAGGAUUGUUUAAAUAAGGGUAAUCCUAGAAGCACGCUCUCUGGAGGUAAACAUCAUGGUCCAGUUGAAGCUCUGAAACAAAUGUUGUUUAACCUUCAAGCAGUGCAAGAAAGUUUUAAUCGGUAUACAUAUGCUGAGCAAGAUGAAGAGAUUAAACAAAGAGAUAAUUUUUAUUCUUGGAAUAGCUUUAGCUGCAUCCCCAAAAUGUUGUGUCCAGAGGAUGAAGGUUCUGCAAAAGAAGAUGUAAUUCCUAUUACUAAAUCUCUUGAAAAGGCUUUGUACCAUUUGUCCCGUCUGAGAGAACUAGUUGAAGAUACCCGUUGCAAAUCGAACCUAAUACAAUCACGGAAGAAUGAAGAGAGAAAAAACUGUCUAACCAACAAAAAUUGAGAUUUCUUUUUAAAUGCUCACAAGUGGGCUAAAAUGGAUUUUUUUUUGUUAUUUCAGAGGUAAAUUGUCCUGCUCCCUUAAAAUAAAAUUCUUAAAAUGACAUUGUUUUACACCCUAACUUCAUUGCAUACCCAAAUAAUAGAACUGAAGAUUUAUCAUAAAGCCCAACCUACCUGUUUUCAGGCUAGCAAAUGUUUAAGUCACAUUAGAUGGAUAAUUUCUGUUCUUUCCUUCAAGAUUUCCACGAAUUUUUUUUUGCUAUAUCCUAUUCCUCUGUUUUAGUACCUCAAUAAGAAGUCUAUUUUCUUAUAUCUCUGUAGUAGUAGACUGCUUACUAUAAACAGAAUCCUAUUUCAUUAAGCUUGACAAAUUAUAAAAAUUUCUAAGGUGAUAUAAUACAAAAAGUAUUAUGGUGAAAGCUUAUUGCUACAGUGUUCACAAGAUGCAUGAUCAUUUUUGUUUUCACAAAGCAUAUAUUAAAGGUUUAGGGUAUUUGCAAACAAAAACAAAUUGAGGAAUUAGGAAAUGUAGAGUUCAAAAAAAGAUUACUAGUUCCAUAACAGUUGUACUCUAGGUGCUUCACAGUCCCAUAUGUUGGUUCCAACUGUAUUUGAAUUUAGCAUAUCUGUAGGUUGCUUUCUGUCUAUGGGUAUUUGGAUCAUCUACCUCACUAAGCCAAACAAGUUAUAUGAUAAUAAAUGAAUUACUAAUGCUUUGAAGGUAUUUUUAGGCAUAUCGCAUCAUUUCAGGAUCUAAAUUCUCCACAAAUCAGCUUGUUGUGCUGUAGAGGUAUUUCUCUGAGCUGAUCAGAGCCCCUGAUUACCCGAACACCAACCACAGGAAACAUCUUUGCAAUUUUAUUUUAGUGGAAAAGUUUUAAAAUGUCUCUAAUAUAACUUUUUGAAAGACUUGAUGUCUUUAAUAACAUUUGUAGUAGUAUCGACAUAUAGACAAUAUCUUCCUAACUUAUCAAAACAGCAUUUUUUUCCAAAGAUUUUCUUCCAAAGAGACAGUAACUUUUGAACCCAUUAUUAUACUAUAUUCCUUAUUCAAAUAAUUCCUUGUAAAUACUUCCUAAGAUAACAAUGACUCACCACCAUGCAAAACAAAAGAAUAGGCUGUUUCAAAGAAUUAGAGUUAUGACAAAAUUUACACAAAAAUCAGGCAAGACUAAAUAACACUAAAAAAAAAAAGACACCAAAGUGAGUCCUAACACUAGCAAAGCAGUAUUUAUUAAAACUGUCUGGUACUGAAAAAAGAAUAGAGAAAAUCGACUGAUGAAACAGAGUAAAGAACCUAGAGAUAGAAGCCAAUCUGAAUAAAAGGUUUUGGGUUUUUUUAAUAAAUCCAUUUUUUAAAAACACUUGGGAUUGGUUAAAUUAAAUCAAUAAAACUAAGAAAACUGGGUAGUCAUAUAGCAGAAAAAUAGUUUUGGAACCAUACCUCACAAAAUACACCACAAAAAAAACCCCACCAAUUAAUUCAGUGGUCUCAGUAUAAAUCUGAGAAAAAAGGAAUAACAUCUCAGCUAUAGAGAGGAACAAAUAGAAAUUGGAGACAAAUUUAAUGGCUUUUAUUAUGCAAAGAAAAAAGGAUUUUACACAGCAAAGAAAAGUACUCUCUAACAUGAAAAGAAAUAGGUUAGGAACAAUAGUUGCAGUAAAGAUAUUAGAUACAGGUAUUACAUUUAGAAUCUGUAAGGAAAUUAUACACAUCUAUAAAACUGACAAUUCACUCUGCCUGUUUGGAAAAUGGCCAAAGGGAAAGGUAGUCUAUUUGUGAAUGAGAAAAUACAAACAUGAAAAGAUAUGUAAAUCUGUAAUAGUGAAACUGUAGUCAAGAAAAGCUUAAGAUACCAAUUUCUACUCCAAUAGAAAAAAUAGCAAAAAAUUAGCAAAUCUAGCGUUGGUGGGACUGUGGGAAAAGUAGGCAUGCUAAUACGUUGCGCAUUAGCCCGGUACAAACAUACAUUUUGGAAAACAAACUUCAGUAAGUCCUAAAACUAAUAACACAUUUGGACCCAGGUAUUCCAGCUUUAUCCCAAAAGCAUCAUAAAAAAAAAAAAACUCAUUUGUACAAAAUAUUCACAGUUUCUAUAGUCACAAAAAUUUAGAAAAAAUACAUAUCCAAAAAGUGGAGAUGGCUGAAUAAAUUAUGAUGUUAAUAUAAUGGUUUGUUAUGGUAGUAUAAACUAUAAAUGUGAAGCAUACCAGGAAAUACAGAAAUAUCUAUGCAAAGUGAUACAAUGUGACGCAUACCAGGAAAUAUGGAAAUAUCUAUACAAAGUGAUGUAAGGAGAUCAGAAAAACUGGAACUGUAUAUAUUUACUAAAACUAUAUAUAUGUAUGUAUGUAUUUAUGUGUGUGUGUGUGUGUG